AUGGCUUCUCCGAGUUCCUUCACCUACUACAGCCCUCCAUCUUCCUCCCCUGUCUGGUCAGAGCCGCUGUACAGUCUGAGGCCCGAGCACGCGAGGGAGCGGUUGCAGGACGACUCGGUGGAAACAGUCACGUCCAUAGAACAGGCAAAAGUAGAAGAGAAGAUCCAAGAGGUCUUCAGUACUUACAAGUUGAACCACCUUGUUCCAAGGCUUGUGCUGCAGAGGGAGAAGCACUUCCACUACCUGAAGAGAGGCCUUCGGCAGCUGACAGAUGCCUAUGAGUGUCUGGACGCCAGCCGCCCGUGGCUCUGCUACUGGAUCCUGCACAGCUUGGAGCUGCUGGACGAGCCCCUCCCCCAGAUGGUGGCGGCAGAUGUAUGUCAUUUCCUGGAGCUGUGUCAAAGCCCAGAUGGUGGCUUUGGAGGGGGCCCUGGCCAGUAUCCACACCUUGCACCCACAUACGCAGCAGUCAACGCACUGUGCAUCAUUGGCACCGAGGAGGCCUAUGACGUCAUUAACAGAGAGAAGCUUCUGCAGUAUUUAUAUUCUCUGAAGCAGCCUGAUGGCUCUUUCCUCAUGCACGUUGGAGGUGAGGUGGAUGUGAGAAGUGCAUACUGUGCCGCCUCCGUAGCUUCCCUGACCAACAUCAUCACUCCAGACCUUUUUGCGGGCACCGCUGAAUGGAUAGCAAGGUGUCAGAACUGGGAAGGUGGCAUUGGUGGGGUGCCAGGGAUGGAAGCUCACGGAGGCUACACGUUCUGUGGCCUGGCCGCACUGGUCAUCCUCAAGAAGGAACGUUCCUUAAACUUGAAGAACUUAUUGCAAUGGGUGACGAGCCGGCAGAUGCGGUUUGAAGGUGGGUUUCAGGGCCGCUGCAACAAGCUGGUGGACGGCUGCUACUCCUUCUGGCAGGCGGGGCUGCUGCCCCUCCUGCACCGCGCACUGCACGCCCAAGGUGACCCCGCCCUCAGCAUGAGCCACUGGAUGUUCCACCAGCAGGCGCUGCAGGAGUACAUCCUCAUGUGCUGCCAGUGCCCCGCGGGGGGCCUUCUGGACAAGCCCGGCAAGUCGCGGGACUUCUACCACACCUGCUACUGCCUGAGCGGCCUGUCCAUAGCCCAGCACUUCGGCAGCGGAGCCAUGCUGCACGACAUGGUCCUGGGUGUGCCCGGGAACGCUCUGCAGCCCACUCACCCCGUGUACAACAUUGGACCAGACAAGGUGAUCCAGGCCACCAUGCACUUUCUGCAGAAGCCGGUCCCAGGCUUUGAGGAGCGUGAGGACGAGGCCACGGCAGAGCCUUCCACUGACUAG